CGGGCCCUAUAUCCGGUGUCCGCCUGCCCUCCGCUCCGCCGCCUCCGCCACCGCCGAAGCCGCUGCAGCUGCGAUGCUGUCCCGGUCCCGCUUCCUGUCCAGGGCGUUCAGCCGCUCGCUCUCCGCUUUCCAGAAGGGGAACUGCCCUCUAGGGAGACGUUCCCUGCCUGGGAUCUCCUUAUGUCAGGGACCAGGUUACCCUGACAGCAGGAAGAUUGUCAUUAACAGCGGUAGUGUCUUCAGUGUUCGCUUUUUCAGAACUACAGCUGUGUGCAAGGAUGAUGUGAUUACAGUCAAAACCCCAGCAUUUGCAGAAUCUGUCACAGAAGGGGAUGUCAGGUGGGAGAAAGCUGUUGGAGACACAGUUGCAGAAGAUGAAGUGGUUUGUGAGAUUGAAACUGACAAGACAUCUGUGCAGGUUCCAUCACCAGCAAAUGGCAUGAUUGAAGCUCUUUUGGUACCUGAUGGGGGAAAAGUAGAAGGAGGCACUCCUCUUUUCACACUCAGGAAAACUGGCGCUGCUCCUGCUAAGGCCAAGCCAGCCGAAGCUCCUGCUGCCGCAGCCGCAAAAGCAGAACCUGCAGCAUCGGCAGUUCCUCCUCCCCCUGCAGCAUCUAUACCCACUCAGAUGCCACCAGUGCCCUCGCCUUCACAACCUCUCACUAGCAAACCAGUGUCUGCCGUAAAACCCACUGCUGCCCCUCCAGUAGCUGAGCCAGGAGCUGGCACAGGUCUGCGUUCAGAACAUCGGGAGAAAAUGAAUAGGAUGCGGCAGCGCAUUGCUCAGCGUCUGAAGGAGGCUCAGAAUACCUGCGCAAUGCUUACCACUUUCAAUGAGAUUGACAUGAGUAACAUCCAGGAGAUGAGGGCUCGGCACAAAGAUGCUUUUCUGAAGAAACAUAACCUCAAGCUAGGCUUCAUGUCGGCAUUCGUGAAGGCCUCAGCCUUUGCCUUGCAGGAGCAGCCUGUUGUAAAUGCAGUGAUUGACGAUACAACCAAAGAGGUGGUGUAUAGGGAUUAUAUUGACAUCAGCGUUGCAGUGGCCACACCUCGGGGUCUGGUGGUUCCCGUCGUCAGGAAUGUGGAAACUAUGAAUUAUGCCGAUAUUGAGCGAACCAUCAGUGAACUGGGAGAGAAGGCCCGGAAGAAUGAACUUGCCAUUGAAGAUAUGGAUGGUGGUACUUUCACCAUCAGCAACGGAGGCGUUUUUGGCUCGCUCUUUGGAACGCCCAUCAUCAACCCCCCUCAGUCUGCCAUCCUGGGCAUGCAUGCCAUCUUUGAUAGGCCAGUGGUCGUGGGAGGCAAGGUGGAGGUGCGGCCCAUGAUGUACGUGGCCCUGACGUAUGAUCACCGGCUGAUCGAUGGCAGAGAGGCCGUGACUUUCCUCCGCAAAAUCAAGGCAGCGGUAGAGGAUCCCAGAGUCCUCCUAUUGGACCUGUAGGAGGAAGCCAUGCACCCUACACAUCAACCAUGCAGGAACUGAAAACCAGUCUUCUCCCUGUCCCCUCACGGGCCCCGGGUUAGCCUGGUGACAGACAGGCAUAUGCUGUUGUUCUCAAGCGAGGAAACCAGGGCACUAUGUAACCAGCAGUCACAGGUCUCUUCUUGGUGUUCCUGCCAGGCUCUCUCCCUCUCUGCACCAUUCUCUUACACUCGAAUAUCUGAUUUCCUUAGGCUUGAGGGAGAGAGAGAGAGAGAGCCUUAAUGGAUGCUUAUUAAUAUUCCUGCCUUUCUCCAUUAGCCCUCCGCAGAUGAUUUUGCUUCUCCCCCGUCCGGUAUACCAUAGGGAAACUGCCGGGGACCGUGUGAUUAAGUUCCUAUCUCUUGAAAGUCUGUUCUCCAGAGACGCCUAGGAGGGUGCUGUGCCUCCCAGGCUCGGAGCAGCCUCUGUCCUGGCUGUGCACGUCCUUACUCAGUUCCACCCGUGUGGAGGUAUUGACCACAGCCCAGGAGGUGCUGCUUUGCUUCUUAAAUGGCAUCUUCAUUCUCAGCUGUCACUGACUUCAAGCUGCCUCUUCUACCUCUUCCAGGAAGCACAGGCUGGGGGAUCUGGAGGGGCAGGGGAUGGAUAGGCAGUGUUGAGGGGGAGGACAGAUUCUGAGGUCAGAGGUUAUAAAUGAGACUGGAGCGGAGCCCAGGCCUGCCCUCACACUCUCCGUCAUAGCUUUGUACCAGGAAGACCCAUUUUGGCACAAAACACUCCCAACUGUGGUGGUGCCGACCUUUCCAGACCACUGGGACCAUUCUACCACAUUAUUCUCAUCUAGAGCAGAUUCUAGCACAUCUUGGCAGUGAGACAGAGCGUGUCACAACCAAGGGCUGGAUGGUGCCUGGUAGAGAUUAGAGUGAAAGGCAUGCUGUGGACUGGCUCACAUUGUCUUGAGCUUUUAAAUUCCAUUGGUUUAAGCCUGUGGGCUGAAGAGGCAGUUCUGUUCCUUCCUGUAUCAUGGCCCUUAGGGAGCAGAGCCUUAGCUCUUCCUCCACAGAACACAGGUCUGGGAGAGGAUGGAUUGUGGUGGAAACCAGCCCAAGAUGCUAGUACACAGUGGGGAAAUGGCCGAUGUGACCUUUGAGGUACUGCCUUGGGUCUGGGGACAGUCAUUGGAAUUCUUCGGAGCAUGGUUAAAUGCACACAUCUUGUCGUGAAAGCUCCUGGGCUUCAUCGCUUCGUAUCCAACUGCAUCCAGGCCUGAGGCUGCUGACAGUUGACAUGGAGCCAGUUAUUUAGUGCAGGGUGCCCAUUUGUAUUUUGAGCGAAGAAGCAAGGCCUGGGGGUUGGGGUAAGGGGAAGGGGUGGGAGCCAGUACUGAGUGCCUGCAGCAUCUCCUAUGUCUUCACUAUUCAGAACUUGUAACUAAAAUAUUUAAAGAAACUGAUUUUAAAUGCAAAUUAAAGGGCAAAUGUUCGCAAA